AAAACGCCCACGCAAAUUUCUCUGAAGACUUAAACAUGCGCUUUUGUUUGUGCGACGUUAUAUUUCAUUUAUUUCGUACCGUUGCAUUGACGCAGAGGCACUAACAUAGAAUUUCAAGUUUUUUCGAUAACAAAUAAAUAAAAUAGUUGUGAAAAUAAAGGCAUUCGCACGGCUGCGAUAAAGACUAGUAAUUAUUCGAGUGUUGGACUGAACUCUCAGGAUUUUUCGUAAUUUAAUUAAUCUUUAUGAAUGGAAUUUUUAUUGCUCUUUGAUGAUUUUAGCGAUUGUGAUGGUGAAUAGUUGAGAGUUAAGGAGUGACGAUUUUUUGGGUCAGUGUUUUGAGAGGAUUUUGGUGCCCGUGGCCCAUCGUCAGUGGUUUUACAAAGACUGAACUAAAAUACACGGGAGUGAACAAUUUUUUUUCCACCGUUGGCAGAGUGAAUGGGAGAUAAUGUGCAUGUGUGUGUGACAGCCAUGAAAAAUCAUCGAUAGCCUUAGGCUACUGAUUUCAUUGCGAUAUAUAAUGAUUCCAUUCACGUUCAACGCCUCGCGACUAUUCAAUUAAAUAUUCCAGCUCCCCCCAAACUCUCGGGUUCAAUCGAUAUUUAUUAUUAUUUUAUUGAAUCGGCAUUUUGUAAAUUUCAACUCAAUAUUUACUUUCACUGUAUAAUUCAUUGACAUGUUUCAACGCGCCACUUUUAUAGUUAUUGAAUUCAAUUGGAUUUUGUAAGACUCAACUCAAUAUUUACUUUCACUGCCUAAUUGAGUGACAUGUUCAAUUAAAACUAAUUGAUUCUUCGAUAACACCGAGUUGAAUCGUUUCGCUGAAUUCCGCUUGAAGUGAGAGAUUCUACGGAGAAAAAAAAUUGGAACGCGUCAAGUGAAAAAAUGUUAAUUAACAAACACCAGUAGUUUGAUUAAUAAUUAAAUAGUAAGGAACGUGCCCGAAGGACCUCCGGCGAUAACAAACUUUAACUUUACUUAUGAACAUUUUCUAUUUCUUGUAACGAGCUUCACCCGAGAUUGCAUUGCUGACGAGAGAAUGGCACAUUGAAGGAAAUUCCAAGACCUGGGAAUCAACCGAGUGAUAAGAAAUUUUUCCAUCGAAGAAAGAAGAAAUCUCUUGCAAGUAUUGAAUCAGUACUAUUCUGUUGUGAUUCUUCAAGAUUACAACUGCCAAUAAAGGAGACGGAUUUUUUGUGAAAAGCCAGAGACAAUCUAUUCCACACCUGCCCAACUUUACCCCUUCCAUCCGAAAAAGAAGCGACUUGGUAUCCAUGGAGACCGCGAGUAUCUACCCAAUCCAAUACAAGAGUAAACAGUGAGAAUUAAAUACUGAUUAUCCAGUAAAAAUUGUAUUAAUUUAAAAAAUUGGUUAUCUUUAAAUAUGAGUCAAGCAGAGAAGAAGAAAUUUAUAAGAACAUUGAUUAAAUUGAAACAGCAAGAAGAGUUUCUUGCAAAGAGUGUUGAAACGUUUGAGAUGGGAAUGAAGGUAGAGGCUAAUGUAAUUGAAGACUUCUCGCAGACACGAAAACAAUCCUCCAUUGAUAGGACAAGUAUGACAGAUGCUAUUUAUCGUUUGGGAUCGAUUAUUUAUAAUGAUUUCCAAACGGCGAAAUUGAUGGUGGGGCAAGUGUAUGAGGGGAACAAAAUUGAUCCUGAAGAACUGAAAUCUAAGCUAUUAUGCCUGUCGAAGAAAGUAAAAGAAUUUAAUUCGACGUCGCAAUUAGAAAUUCUCCUAGAUGAGCAGAAGGAACUCGAGGAGGCUUUACUUGAUUUUAGAAUGAAUAUCCGUCAAUAUGAGAAGCCAUACAGUGGAAUGGAAACUCCAUUAUCUCGAAGGAUUCCACGAAAUACGAAACGUUUGGAAACUAUCGAUUAUGAUGAGAUCGCGGAUUUUGAUUCGCUCGUCGUGAAAACCGGUCAUACACAGCAUUGGAAACAGCAGGAUCAUCUAUUCUUUCUGAAAAUACGAAAGAAAGCACAAAAUGUCCCAGCGAUGGUUGUGGCGAUUAGAAAUAAGUGUCCAGACUUGACAGCUGAAGAAAUUAUAAACCAUGAGGCGUGGUACAAGAUUUAUGUUGAUUUACGAGAGAAACAGAGGAAUACUGUUAAAGAAUGGAGGAAAAAUAAGGAAUUGGAAAAACGGGAGAAAACGAGAUUAUUGAAGAAUUAUAACGAAUCGAGCGAUAAAAAAUCCCACCAUGAGGCAAAUGUAAAUGAUUCGAAGAUAAAUGAAUCAUCUACAUCUUCUGAUGAGAAGAGAAAGUUGAUUAGUAAAUUGAAAACGGAAAAGGAAAAUUCGAGACUGAAAAAUCAGAGUGAAGACAUUCGCUCCUGGAACGAACGGCAAUUUUUACAGCGAAAUAUGGAAAUCAAAGCAGCUCUUGAUGAAUACACAAAUAAAAGAAUGCAGGGAAAAUUGGGUGGAGAACAAAGUAAAAAUAAAAAUGAUAAAAUUGUGAAAAAUCCCGCAAUGAGAAAAAGCUUUCGAGAGCGAGACAGCAAUUACUUGAGUAAACGAAAAAUUUUUAAUUUAAAAAAUGAGAAAGAUGAUAAGGUCGAAAUAAAUAUGGCCACCGCAAGAUCUAGAAGUAACUCGACAUUACUGAAACCAACAAAAAUUUGGGAGGAGAGAUGUAGACAGAAAUUGACACCAGGAGUCAUUCCCAAGGCCGUUUGUUAUAUUAAAAAUCUUCCCCGAUUAUCCACUUGCAACUGGAAAAAUCAAGAAUCAAUAAUUUCAUUGUAAGUCAAGUUCGUCCAACUUUGUCACGUUUCAUUGAUGAAAUAAAAAAUAAUGAGAAAUAAACAACAACUAAAUUUUCUCU